UGGAAAACCUCUGUUCUCACAAAGUCUCCCCAACACUCUACAAGCAGCUGCGCCAGGUCUGUGAAGACCACGUCCAAGCACAAAUCCUUCAGUUCAGAGAAGACUCACUAGACAGUGUUUUAUUUCUCAAGAAGAUCAACACGUGCUGGCAAGAUCACUGCAGACAAAUGAUCAUGGUCAGGAGCAUCUUCUUGUUUUUGGACCGCACGUACGUGCUCCAGAACUCCCUGCUUCCUUCCAUCUGGGACAUGGGGCUGGAGCUCUUCCGGAACCACAUUGUGAGCGACAAGAUGGUGCAGAGCAAGACCAUCGCCGGCAUCCUCCUGCUGAUCGCGCGCGAGCGGAGUGGGGAGGCCGUGGACCGGAGCUUGCUGCGCAGCCUGCUGGGCAUGCUGUCCGACCUGCAGGUGUACAAAGAUUCGUUUGAACUGAAAUUUUUGGAAGAGACUAACUGUCUGUAUGCUGCAGAAGGCCAAAGGUUAAUGCAAGAAAGAGAGGUUCCAGAAUACCUAAACCAUGUAAGUAAACGAUUAGAAGAAGAGGGAGACCGCGUGAUCACGUACUUAGACCACAGCACACAGAAACCUCUGAUUGCUUGUGUGGAGAAACAGCUGCUAGGAGAACAUUUAACAGCAAUUCUGCAGAAAGGGCUCGACCACCUGCUGGACGAGAACAGAGUGCCGGAUCUCACGCAGAUGUACCAGCUGUUCAGCCGGGUGAGAGGCGGACAGCAGGCGCUGCUGCACCACUGGAGCGAGUACAUCAAGACUUUCGGGACGGCGAUCGUCAUCAACCCUGAGAAGGACAAGGACAUGGUACCGGACCUGCUGGACUUCAAGGACAAGGUGGACCACGUGAUCGAGGUGUGCUUCCAGAAGAAUGAGAGGUUCGUCAACCUCAUGAAGGAGUCCUUCGAGACGUUCAUCAACAAGAGGCCCAACAAGCCUGCAGAGCUCAUCGCAAAGCAUGUGGACUCCAAGUUGAGAGCGGGCAAUAAAGAAGCCACGGACGAGGAGCUGGAGCGGACGCUGGACAAGAUCAUGAUCAUAUUCAGGUUCAUUCAUGGUAAAGACGUCUUCGAAGCAUUUUAUAAAAAAGAUUUGGCCAAAAGACUCCUGGUUGGAAAAAGUGCCUCAGUCGAUGCUGAAAAGUCGAUGUUGUCAAAGCUCAAGCACGAGUGUGGGGCGGCCUUCACCAGCAAGCUGGAAGGCAUGUUCAAGGACAUGGAACUUUCAAAGGACAUCAUGGUGCACUUCAAGCAGCAUAUGCAGAAUCAAAGUGACCCAGGCCCCAUAGACCUCACGGUAAAUAUACUUACAAUGGGAUACUGGCCGACGUACACGCCCAUGGAAGUGCAUUUAACUCCAGAGAUGGUUAAACUUCAGGAAGUAUUUAAGGCAUUUUAUCUUGGAAAACACAGUGGUCGGAAGCUUCAGUGGCAAACUACUCUGGGGCAUGCUGUCUUAAAAGCGGAGUUUAAGGAAGGGAAGAAAGAGUUCCAGGUGUCCCUCUUCCAGACGCUGGUGCUUCUCAUGUUCAACGAAGGGGACAGCUUCAGCUUCGAGGAAGUCAAGAUGGCCACCGGGAUAGAGGACAGCGAGUUGCGGAGGACACUGCAGUCCCUGGCCUGCGGCAAAGCGCGCGUGCUGAUCAAAAGCCCCAAAGGAAAGGAGGUCGAGGAUGGAGACAAGUUCAUCUUCAACGGAGACUUCAAGCACAAGCUGUUUAGGAUCAAGAUCAAUCAGAUUCAGAUGAAGGAAACCGCCGAGGAGCAAGUGAGCACCACCGAGCGGGUGUUCCAGGACCGCCAGUACCAGAUCGACGCCGCCAUCGUGAGGAUCAUGAAGAUGCGGAAGGCCCUGAGUCACAACCUCCUGGUCUCCGAGCUGUACAACCAGCUGAAGUUCCCGGUGAAGCCUGGCGAUUUGAAAAAGAGAAUUGAAUCUCUCAUAGACAGAGACUAUAUGGAGAGAGACAAAGACAGUCCGAACCAAUACCACUACGUGGCCUGAUGCCCCGCGGAUGGCUGCUCCCCACAGAACACUAGAAUGUACCCUCCGCGCAGGGAGCACGUCUGUGCCGCUUCCGGACAGCACCUGACCCAGCCGUGGCCUUGGCGAGGACGGGAGAGAUUCCGGGUCCUCGUCGCGAGACCCAGGGACUCCCAGCGGCCGACGUCUCUUUUUCCUUCCAGCUCUUCCUCUGGUUCUUUUAGGCAUUUAAGUUGUUUCUAUUGCUCUGUGCAGAAUAACUUUGAGAUCGGGCGAGAAGAUAUUGGUCACAAUUGGUUUUCCUUCAAAGGCCUUGUUCUUGUGGCAAAAGCUGAAAGUUUGGUUUGUUUUUGUUUGUGUGAUCAUGAAUGCACAGUGGAAAAGACCCUAAAUGCUGCAUUCUUAGCUCUAAAUUUAGAUUCCUAGGGUGUUCUGAAGACAAGCUCUCUCAGUCGACGAACAUUUGGAGGAAGCAGCCCUUCCUGGGGAAUAGAGGAAGAAACAGCCAGUGUUCAAGCUGGCAGGUCGAUUAUGCAACCCAGACACUGGCAUCCGCGUGUUUCCUGUGUCUCCAGAGGUUCAGAACCCUGACGACUGGUUCUUUACCACCCGGGUUUCCAGGCGAGACCCUGAUGUGCCGGGUGUGGGCGGGGCGUGUGUCCUCCCCACGCCUGCUGUCAUCUCAGCUGAGUUGCUCGGGGGCCUUCUGUUUGAGGGCUCGGGGUUCGUGUGUUUGUGUUUCCAUUCUAAGAUUGAGUCUGGCAGUCCCUGUUUUUGCAUUGGGGUGUCUGCUGUUUGAUUUUUUUAAAUUGCAGUAUUCGUAUGAUUGCGAUAAGGCAGUUGGGCUUUUACAGUCAUUGCAGGGAUGGUUCUUGUUCUCUGCUGUAAACUGUAAAACAUUGUAUGAAGACUUAAAGUCUUGAUGUUGUGAAGCAGAGGUUAUUUUGUCAAAAGAUUAAAAGGAUUUUGUUGGUACCUGGUUUCGUGUCGUGUGUAUAUACGUGAGGUUGAACGGAGAAAUGAGAGUUCAGUGGUGGGUGAUGUGAGUGUGGUGACGGCAGCAAAGAUACUUUUGUGAUAACGUUUGAAAGUACCUUAUAUUUUACGUAACGGCAUGUUUCAUUUUGAUUAAAAGCUACCAAAGGAAUUUUGAUCAUGGUAUAAGUGUUUACAGCAAUAUUUUCUGGAAGACACCGAGUUUAUAUCAUUUGAUUUUGUGCUAACCUAUUAAAAGAUCUCUCUCUUUGAAACACGCGUGUUUAGAAUACGACACCUCCUGGGUUCCCAUUUUAAAA